ACAUGAGACAGGAGCUGGUUUUCUUCACUGUUUUCAUCGUUUUAACGGGAGCAGCCAUCUCUCCGCCUGCAGACACACAAGACCAUGAGUACACGUCUCUCAGGUCGAUGCUGGACGACUUCGACGUGCUGCCUCUCUCCAGCCUGCAGACUCACUCCGUCCGCCGCCGCCGUGACGUCCAGACUCAGACUCACGUAGAGAAACUGCUCAGCUUCGACGCCCUGCACAGGCACUUCAGACUUUACCUGAGGACCAACGACGAGCUGUUCACUGAGGACUUCAGGGCCGUGGUCGUAGACGAGGACGGCCGAGAGCAGAGCUACCCGGUCAACAGACACAACUACUUCACAGGACACGUGAUCGGGGAGGAAAAUUCUCGUGUUCACGCUCACAUAGACGACCACGAGUUCUCAGCUCACAUCCUGACGGACGAGACAGAGUACAACAUCGAGCCUCUGUGGAGGUUCUCGUCGGCGCCCCCUGAUGGUCGUCUGCUGAUCUACCGCUCAGAGGACAUCAGGAACCUCAGCCGGCUGCACCAGCCAUCCGUCUGCGGCUACGUGGCCUCUGACCCCAGCCUCCUCCUCCCUGAAAGCGUCAGAGUGGCCAUGUCGGAGGACCGAGAGGAAGAAGAGUCUCUGAUGAGAGGGAAGCGUCAGGUGCACGACCACAAGAAGAACACUUGUCCUCUGCUGCUGGUAGCCGACCAUCGUUUCUUCAAACACAUGGGCCGUGAGGAGGAGAGCACCACCCUCAACUACCUGAUUGAACUGAUCGACCGCGUGGACGACAUCUACAGAAACACGUCCUGGGAUGAUGAGUUCUCUGGUUAUGGCGUCCAGAUCCAGCAGAUCAUCAUAGAGAAGACUCCGACCCCCGUCGCUCUGGGAAAAAGUCACUUUAACAUGCAAGGAAGUCCAGCGGAGGGCAGAGACGUCUGGGACGUCAAGAAACUUCUGGAGCAAUUCAGUGUGGACAUCGCAGAGAAAGCCUCCAACGUGUGCCUGGCUCACCUCUUCACCUAUCAGGACUUCGAUGAAGGCACUCUGGGUCUGGCCUACGUCGCUCCGUCCAAACCGGACAUCCCUGGAGGUCUCUGCUCCAAAGGGUGUCCUUCAUCUUCAAACGAACAACGAAUGAUCUACCUCAACACGGGGCUGACCAGCACUAAGAACUAUGGGAAGACCAUCUUGACUAAGGAAGCAGACCUGGUGACGACUCACGAGCUCGGCCAUAACUUCGGGGCAGAACACGACCCCGACAACAUCCCGUACUGCGCCCCCCGAGAGGACCAAGGAGGCAAAUACGUCAUGUACCCCAUCGCUGUGAGCGGGGACCACGUCAACAACAAGCUGUUCUCUAACUGCAGCAAGCGCUCCAUAGUGAAGCGUCUGAGGUCGAAGGCGGCGUCCUGCUUCAAGGAGAGGAACACCAACGUGUGUGGGAACUCGCGGGUGGAGCUCGGGGAGGAGUGUGACCCGGGACUGCUGCACAUCAACUCGGACCUCUGCUGCACCGCCGAAUGCAGGCUGAGACCCGGAGCUCAGUGCAGUGACAGAAACAGCGCGUGCUGUAAAAAGUGCCGGUUCGAGUCUGAAGGCGAAGUCUGCCAGGAGCCCAUCGACGCCACCUGUAAAGGACACUCCUACUGCACAGGAAACAGCAGCGAGUGUCCGUCGCCGGAGAACGCUCCAGAUAAAACGGUGUGCUUGGACAGCGGAGAGUGUCUGAACGGAGAGUGUAUUCCUUUCUGCCAGGCCGUCUUAAAGCUGCAGCCCUGCGCCUGCAAUGAAACAAACUCGUCCUGUAAAGUCUGCUGUCGGAGCAGCAGCGGCGUCUGCGCUCCCUACCAGGAUGAGACGGGCCACUUCCUGUUCCUGCGUAAAGGAAAACCCUGCACUGUGGGCUUCUGUGAUGGAGCGGGGAAGUGCAUGAAGCAGGUGCAGGACGUGGUGGAGCGUUUGUGGGAUUUCAUCGACAAGCUGGACAUCAACACGUUCGGGAAGUUUCUGGCUGAUAACAUCGUGGGUUCAGUGGUGGCGUUCUCGCUGCUGUUCUGGGUUCCUUUCGGCAUCCUGGUUCACUGUGUGGACAAGAAGCUGGAUAAACAAUACGAACAGACCACCAAGUCUCUCUUCUUCCCCAGCAAUGCCGAGCUCCUGAGCAGCCUGGAGUCUGCAUCUGUUCGGAUCUUCAAACCUCCUCACUUCUCCACCACCUCCGCCGCUCUUCGCUUCCAGCCAUCCGGCCCCCAACAGACCAGCACGCCUCCGGUCUCCGGCCCCGGCCCCGACUCCGCCCCUGUCCCCGCCCCCACUAACGGCCACGCCCCUCUAGACAGCCCCCGCAUGGCCACCAUCGAGGAGGACCCCAGCUUCGACUCGCACCUGGACGAGGAGGCGCUGGAGGAGGCGUUCAGCCGGCCGGGCGGCUCGGCUCCGCGCUCCUUCGAGGACCUGACGGACAACAGCGUGACGGGACGCAGCGAGAAGGCGAUGUUGUUCAGACUGAAGAGGCAGCAUCAGAUCGACACCAAGGAGACGCAGUGCUGAGGGGACGAUCCGGGACCAGGACCAGGAGUCUCAGAUCCUCCAGUUCUGGUGGAGAACGACUGUAUGUCUGCAGAGAACUAAGAG